CACAACGCUAGAUCACGUGUUACGUGUGUUGUGUGACGCGUACACACGCCACGUUGUGCGACAGCAACAACAAGACUAAUCUACACCAACUUCACACUUACACGAUCUGGGCAGUUAUAUAAACUAAGAAGACUGACAGAUGCAAGCCUGAAAUAGCACCUGGAGGAAUGGAAUUUUUGGACCUGCUACGUGAGGCCAAGACACUCGGGUUCUCCACGAGCGAGUUCAGGGCCAUCUGGGAAAAAGAAAUGGCCAUUAAAGAGAUGGCCAUGAAAGCGAAGACCCUCACCGAGUUAUCCAGAAAAGAAGGGAGCCAACAAGCCCAGCGAUUUCCUGAUCCAACUCAUCCGGCUAGGCCACAGAUGAGCAUACAAGAAUCAGAUCCAACCAGGCAACAGCCAGCAGAUUUCUGCUCGUCCCUGGCCACCAACACACAACAGAUUCGCAAGCUGCAGACGGUGGCACAAAGCCUCCAGCAGCAACUGACCAGUCUGAGAACUGACCUACUCAAUCAGAACCGCGAGGCCCUGGACACCGUCAUAGUCCCAGGUUAUGGCCAGAUCAAGCAAGAACUGGAGAAAAUCAGGGCACAGCUAGCAGCCAUAAAACAAAAGAACGUAACUCUUAAAUCAGAAUUGGUUUCCCAGCAGACGAUUUUAAAGAAGUUGAUAGAAAACAUGGCGUUUGACCUGAAGCAUGAGCUAGAAAAAGAUAUUAAACGGCUCAUGACAGAUGUUGUUCAUCAGUACACAGUAGCAAGCAGAGAACUGACGGAUUCGCGAGGAAAUGACAAGAGACCAGAAAACAUACAAGAGGAAAUGAAACUGGGAAAAUCGUCAUCCGUCUCAGAGCUUAAGUUGAUUGGUUCGGAUAGUGAUGAAACAGUCGUGUUGAAAAAUGAUCCGGCUUUCAUAACCCAAGAAAAUUGUCUGCUGGUCAAGUCUGUCCCAGAGUGUUGCAGGGGCUGUGGACCAGAGUGGGCAACUUUCAAGGCCACCAUUACACCCAGUACCAACAUUACAUCAAGUACCAACACACCAAAUACCAACACUCCAAAUACCAACACUCCAAAUACCAACACACGUAGCACCAACACACCCAGCACCAACACACCCAGCACCAACACACCCAGCACCAACACAUCCAGCACCAACACACCCAGCACCAACACACCUAGCACCAACACACCCAGCACCAACACACCCAAUACCAACACACGUAGCACCAACACACCCAGUACCAACACUCCAAAUACCAACACACGUAGCACCAACACACCCAGCACCAACACAUCAUGUACCACCAACACAUCUUCUAACCCUACCACUGAGCUACUCCUGAUUCCAGACAUGCUGGUCAAAAUUCCAAACGUGAGUCACCUGCACGCCACAAAGGGCGACUACUUCUCAUCACCACUCUACUGCACACAGCUAUACUGCGACAUCAUCCUCCGUGUUAGCUUUACCAGCAGCGGCUACAUCACUGUAGAAAUCACUCUCCUGCCCUGGGAUAGAGCGGCUCCACCCACACAGCACACCAUCAACAGCUGCGGCUACAUCCUCAACAGCAACUCCCGCGGGUACUCAAGGCUCUGGAGUGUCUUGAACGCUAGACGCGACUUCCCAGGAGAGUCCCCUACCACCAUCGAACCUGUUCUAGUCUUGACGACCAGCAAACAAAAUUACUACAAGAUCACGUACCAGCAGCUGCAGGAGAUGGGUUAUGUUUUCAAUGGCUGCUUUCAUCUCAAGUGGUCUCUUGAUGUCAGACAAAUUGAUUCAACAACAGUCACCAAAUAGAUUCAUUAGCAGUCACCAAAUAGAUUCACCAAAGGUCACCAAAUAGAUUCACUGGCAGUCACCAGAUAGAUUCACCAAAGGUCACCAAAUAGAUUCACCAAAGGUCACCAAAUAUAUUCACCAAAGGUCACCAAAUAGAUUCACCAUAAGUCACCAAAUAAAACAGCCCUCAAGAUUUAACUUUAAGCAGAUAAAGGCUAAAAAUAGCCCUGAAGAGAAGUUUUAUUUUUUAUUUUUUUGCAUUGAGGGUAAAAUACCAUUUAAAACUUUGCUUAGCGUUAGUUACCAAUUAUUUAAUUAAGAAAUUAAUACAUUUAUUCUCCUUAAAGUAUGGAUUAAUGCAUUCACUCUGAUUUAUAAUUGGUAAAUCCCUUUAUUUUCUUGGCUUUCGAAUGUUUCGGAUACACCUGACGUUUAAGGACGAAUUAUCCAGGUGUUACAUGCUCAAGAAGAUCUGGUUUCCAGAGUUUGUUUUGAAAGCGUAACGUACAUUUUGCAGUCAUUGAUUCAAGUUUAAAAACAACAAGAUUGUGAAUGAUCUUAAUGUUUUGUGUUAUGUUAUUUUUUUACUUCAGUAUUGAGUCAACUUGGCUGCUUAAGAUAGGACAGUUAUUUACAGCUAAUAUCCCAAAAUUGAAACAGAAUCUACAAUAAAGCAACUAAAUCUACUUAAAAGAGACUAAACAAACAUUUUU